AAUCACCUGAGGUCGACAACAUGAGACUCGUCCUAUUUGUUGGUGCUGUAUUUGGCGGAGUUGCGUUUGCACAGGCAACAAACAAGAGCGAGACAUACUUUGAGGAGCUUGAGCGUUUCCGGAGUUAUGGACGAUCACCUUCCUUCUACCCUACGCCGGUUGGGACUGGACUAGGUGACUGGGCUUCAGUUUACCAGCAAGCUCAGUCUCUUGUCUCCAACAUGACCUUUGAGGAAAAGGCCAACAUCACCAGUGGUUACGAAGGGGUCAACGGCUGCGGCGGAAAUGGGGGCAGUGUGCCACGACUGGACAUCCCCGGCUUGUGUUACGCUGAUGCUAGCGCUGGCGUCCGGGCCUUCGAAGGCGUCAACUCAUAUCCCGCGGGAAUCCAUCUUGGAGCUACUUGGAACCGAGAUCUGGCUUACAUGAGGGCACUGCAUUUGGGAGCCGAGUUCAAGCGCAAAGGAGCCAACGUGGCAUUAGCACCCAGCGUCGGAGGUCUAGGCAGGGUUGUCAAAGGUGGUAGGAACUGGGAGUCCCCCAGCAACGACCCGUAUCUCACUGGCGCCUUGACUGCACCGACUAUAAGGGGCUUGCAACAGUCUGUCAUCGCUUGCGUCAAGCAUUUGAUUGCCAACGAGCAGGAGACCAAUCGAAAAGCUGCGGAGCACCUCCCAACAAAGGUCAAUGCCUCAGUUUCCUCUAACUUAGAUGACCAGACCAUGCAUGAGCUCUACCUUUGGCCAUUCUACGACGCUAUUCACGCAGGCGCAGGAUCUGUCAUGUGCGCCUACAACCGUGUCAAUAACUCGUACUCGUGCCAGAACAGCAAGCUGAUGAACGAUCUCCUCAAGACACAGCUUGGGUUUCAAGGAUUUGUCGUCUCAGACUGGUACGAGCACAAGAGUGGUGUCGGAAGCGCCAACGCUGGUCUGGAUGUCGUGAUGCCAGUUGCUCCUCUUUGGAAUGGAAAAGAAGGCAGCUUAGUUGAUAUGGUAAACAACGGAUCUGUCAAUGCAUCCCGUCUAGAUGAUAUGGCGACGAGAAUUGUUGCCACUUGGCUCAAGUACGGCACUUUGGAGAAGGGAGCAGAGGGCAAAGGCUUUCCACUCAAUCCAACUCUGCCUCAUGAGUAUGUCGAAGCUCGAGACCCUGCUUCUAAGACCAUUAUUCGUCAGAGCGCCAUUGAAGGACAUGUCCUUGUCAAGAAUGUCAGGAAUGCUCUUCCCUUCAAGAAGCCCAAGUUCCUUUCCGUCUUUGGAUACGACGCAGUGGCACAGGGCGUCAACACACCUGACCCUACUGGCUUCACGUCAUGGGCAAUGGGACAUGGAGGAGCUCAACGCCACCUAAAUGGCAGCGCCUUUUCUAAUGAUACUCUGUUCCGUCUCUUUGGCGCGAGUGAGAUUGAUUCCGUAACCGGGCCCUCCGUUUACCUGAACGGAACACUCAUCUCUGGUGGCGGCUCUGGAGCCUCGACUGGCGUUAUCCAUGCGCCUUUGGAUGCCUUGAAGCGAAGAGCAUACGACGAUGAUACUUUUCUCUUCUGGGAUACAUCAUCGUACUCGCCGUUUGUCAACCCGGCUUCACAAGCUUGCUUGGUGUUCAUUAAUGCAAUGGCAUCCGAGGGAUACGAUCGCAAGAACUUGACUGAUGCUUACUCGGAUCACUUGGUAACGACUGUUGCAUCGCAAUGCAGCAACACCAUCGUCGUUGUGCAUGCAGCAGGUAUUCGCCUUGUCGACCCAUGGAUCGAGCAUGACAAUGUCACAGCAGUCAUCAUGGCUCACCUUCCUGGUCAGGAUUCUGGCCCUGCCUUAGUCGAGAUCUUGUAUGGUGAACAGUCUCCGUCUGGACGCCUUCCUUACACCAUUGCAAAGCGAGAGUCUGACUACGGACAUCUUCUUGAGCCGGACAUUCCUCGCGAUGAUCACCCAUUCUACCCUCAAAGUAAUUUCACUGAAGGGGUUUUUAUUGACUACAAGCAUUUUGACCAAUCCCAUAUCGAACCGCGAUUCGAGUUUGGAUUUGGCCUGUCUUACACAACUUUUGCGUUCUCAAACUUGACAAUUGAUGUUGAUCAGACCGCAACCGUCCUGCCACCCAACCCUGACGUUGUGUUGCCAGGAGGCAUCAGCUCACUUUGGGAUGAGGUAGGAACUAUCACCUGCGUCGUUAGCAACACCGGAAAUGUCUCUUCGGCCGAGGUUGCGCAGCUUUAUCUAAACUUGCCAGGCGAAGGACCAUCAAAGAUCUUGCGUGGCUUUGAGAAGAAGGUGCUCGCCCCAGGUACACGCGAGAUUUUCAAGUUUCCGUUGGCAAGACGCGAUCUUAGUUCCUGGGACACAGAGAAGCAGCAGUGGGUCCUCAACCGGGGCUCAUACGGUGUCAUGAUCCCAUUUCCGGGCUAG